AAGAAGAAACAAAACCCUGUGGACAAGAGUGAUUAGCAGUGAGACUCAUUUUAUCGACGAAUCCGUACCACCUGUCUGUUAAAAUGUCUCGGGGUUCGAUUGAAAUCCCUUUACGGGACACAGACGAGGUUAUUGAACUUGACUUUGACCAGCUGCCAGAAGGAGAUGAGGUCAUUAGUAUCUUGAAGCAAGAGCACACACAGCUGCACAUCUGGAUUGCUCUGGCGUUGGAGUAUUACAAACAGGGCAAAACAGAGGAUUUUGUCAAGCUCCUCGAAGCAGCGCGUAUUGAUGGAAACCUUGAUUAUAGAGACCAUGAAAAGGACCAGAUGACCUGUCUGGACACAUUAGCAGCUUACUAUGUCCAGCAAGCACGCAAAGAAAAAAACAAAGAUGCCAAGAAAGAACUCAUCACGCAGGCCACCCUGCUCUAUACAAUGGCAGACAAGAUCAUUAUGUACGAUCAGAACCAUUUGUUGGGAAGGGCCUGUUUUUGUCUUCUGGAAGGAGACAAGAUGGACCAGGCAGAUGCACAGUUCCACUUUGUCCUUAACCAGUCCACGAAUAACAUCCCUGCUUUGCUUGGUAAGGCUUGCAUUUCCUUCAAUAAGAAAGAUUACAGAGGAGCACUGGCAUACUACAAAAAGGCUCUACGCACAAACCCUGGCUGUCCAGCUGAGGUGAGGCUCGGAAUGGGCCACUGCUUUGUCAAACUCAAUAAACUGGAGAAGGCUCGUUUAGCAUUUGGGCAAGCCUUGGAGCUCAAUUCCAAAUGUGUUGGCGCUCUUGUUGGAUUGGCGGUACUAGAGCUUAACAAUAAGGAGGCAGAUUCCAUUAAGAACGGAGUACAGCUCCUGUCAAGGGCCUACACUAUUGAUCCCAGCAACCCCAUGGUGCUGAACCACCUUGCCAAUCACUUCUUCUUCAAAAAGGACUACAGUAAGGUGCAGCAUCUGGCCCUCCAUGCUUUCCACAACACUGAAGUAGAAGCCAUGCAAGCUGAGAGCUGCUACCAGUUAGCUCGUUCUUUUCAUGUGCAGGAGGACUAUGACCAAGCUUUUCAGUACUACUACCAGGCCACUCAGUUUGCCUCAUCCACAUUUGUGUUGCCCUUCUUUGGUUUGGGGCAGAUGUAUGUCUAUCGAAGAGACAAGGAGAAUGCAGCACAAUGCUUCGAGAAGGUUCUAAAAGCUUACCCCAACAAUUAUGAAACCAUGAAAAUUCUGGGCUCUCUCUAUGCCACAUCUGAUGAUCAGGAAAAGCGAGACAUUGCCAAAGGUCAUUUAAAGAAGGUAACUGAGCAGUACCCAGAUGAUGUGGAGGCAUGGAUUGAGCUUGCACAGAUCCUAGAGCAGACUGACAUCCAAGGAGCACUCUCUGCUUACGGUACAGCGACCCGCAUUCUACAGGAGAAGGUGCAGGCAGAUGUUCCACCUGAAAUCCUCAACAACCUGGGGGCGCUUCAUUUCAGACUGGGCAACCUGGGAGAAGCCAAGAAAUACUUUCUUGCUUCUCUGGACCGGGCUAAGGCUGAGGGAGAACACGAUGAGCAUUACUACAAUGCCAUUUCUGUCACCACUUCCUAUAAUCUGGCCCGCUUAUAUGAGGCGAUGUGCGAAUUUCAUGAAGCGGAGAAGCUCUACAAAAACAUCCUGAGGGAGCAUCCUAACUAUGUAGACUGCUAUUUGCGUCUGGGAGCGAUGGCACGAGACAAAGGAAACUUCUAUGAAGCUUCUGACUGGUUUAAGGAAGCACUGCAGAUUAACCAGGAUCACCCAGAUGCCUGGUCCCUUAUUGGAAACCUUCAUUUGGCCAAACAAGAAUGGGGACCAGGUCAGAAGAAAUUUGAGCGUAUUCUGAAGCAGCCAUCCACUCAAAAUGACACCUACUCCAUGCUGGCUCUGGGAAACGUAUGGCUGCAGACUCUCCACCAGCCAACCAGAGACCGAGAAAAGGAAAAGAGACACCAGGAUCGAGCCUUGGCGAUAUACAAACAAGUUCUGCGUAAUGAUGCAAAGAAUCUUGCUGCCAAUGGCAUUGGUGCUGUCUUGGCCCAUAAGGGCUACUUCAGAGAAGCUCGUGAUGUCUUUGCACAGGUGAGGGAAGCUACAGCAGACAUCAGUGAUGUGUGGCUCAAUCUGGCUCACAUCUAUGUGGAACAGAAGCAGUACAUCAGCGCUGUCCAAAUGUAUGAGAACUGCCUGAAAAAGUUUUACAAAUAUCAGAACACUGAGGUGCUGCUCUAUCUUGCAAGAGCACUAUUCAAAUGUGGCAAACUCCAAGAGUGCAAACAAAUGCUGCUGAAGGCACGUCAUGUGGCACCCAGUGACACCGUGCUCAUGUUCAAUGUGGCCCUGGUGCUGCAGAGACUUGCCACGCUUGUCCUGAAAGAUGAGAAGAGCAACCUGAAGGCUGUGCUUAGUGCUGUCAAAGAACUUGAACUGGCUCACAGGUAUUUCAACUACCUAAGCAAGUUUGGAGACAAAAUGAGGUUUGACCUUGCUCUUGCUGCUUCUGAGGCCAGGCAGUGCUCUGACUUGCUGAGUCAGGCUCAGUACCAUGUGGCACGGGCCAGGAAGCAGGAUGAGGAGGAGAAGGAGCUCCGAGCCAAACAGGAACAGGAGCGGGACCUGCUGCGUCAGCAGCUGUUGAAAGAACGGGAGGAAAAGCGAAACCGAGAGGCAGAGGAGCAGAAAAAGCUACUGGAGCAGAGAGCCUUGUUUGUGGAGAAGACAAAGAACUUGCUUACCUUUGCAGAGGGAUCAAGGGAAAUGUCUAAGGACAAGAAGAAGGGAGGCGGUGGUCGUCGCAAGAAAGGAGGCGAUAUGGAUGGGUUUGUCAAUGAUGACUCUGAUGAAGAUCUUCCAGUGAAGAAGAAGAAGAGAAAAUCUGGUAGUGGCAGCGACCAAGAAGAAAUUGAAGAUGGAGAGAAGUUGCACAAGAAGAAGAAGAGACCCUCUAAAGCAGCAGGAGUUGAUGACAGUGAUGAAGAAGGAAUGUCGCGGCCCAAGAAACAGCGUAAACCCAAAGAACGCAAAAAGUUUGUAAAGCCCCAGCCUGAGCGUCUUCCACCUUCUCUCAAAGGAAAGAUCAAAUCCAAGGCAAUCAUCUCAUCUUCCGAGUCAUCAUCAGAUGAGGAUGGCCUGAAAAUAGCAGAGGACAGAAUCCAGAGAGACAGUGGAUCAGGAUCUGAUGCUGGUGGCCACAGGAAGCAUAUUGCAUCUGACAGUGACUCUGACACGGGUAGAAACCGUUCAGGCAGUGAGGCCGAAAGCCCCCGGCGCUCUGCAGCAUCAGAGGAUGACUCAGGCAGUGACCGUCCCGUGAAGAAAAGGAGAGUGCAGCCUCAAUCCGACUCUGAGCCGUCAGACAACGAAAGCAAGAGGAGUCGGUCAGGAUCAGAUGAUGAGUCUCGAAGUGGUUCACCUGUUGCAGCUUCAGACAGGGAAUCAGACAGAGGCUCUGAGGCAGGAUCAUACAACCAGGGCUCCCCACGUCAAUCGGACAAUGCCUCCGAACCCGAGGGUUCCAACAAUGAUGACAAUGACAGCGAUUAAUCCUCAGACUUGUCUUUUGUAAAGCCAUGUCUGAUUUUUUUUGUUUUUUUUUUUGAAUG